GGAGCUGCCGUGCCCUGACUGCGCUUUUUAAGGGAUCCACCACCCCUCCUCCCCCACCGUUCCUUUUCUCCACCAUUGAAGCACACUCUGAUCCUCACUCCGCUCACUGUCACACGCACGCACUACACUCACAACUCAUCCGCAGUCACAAGCUCGCCUGCUGCUCCCUCCCUCAGUCCGGUUGAGGAGGCGUUGCUGCUGCUCCUGCCUGCUGGCUACCCUGCCCUGUUCGCUCUUCCGUUCCGCGGCGCAUCCCACAGGAAGGGAGGAUCACACAGCUUUGCUCUUGCUCGGCUGCUCCUGGCUCCCUUGUGGCCUUGUCCCGUCCACCAAAGAAGGAAACGCCCAGCCGGCAACUCUAGCCGUCGUCUAUCUCGUCUCGUCUCGUCUCGUAUCAUCGGAGUCGAAGGACGGAAGAGGUGGAUGGGAUGAAGCGACCUACCAAGAAUGAGAGGCUGGGCUACUCCUGGCACAAGUAGAGGACGAACCCCAGCAGCAGCCGAGCCACAGGGAGGAGGAGGAGGAGGAGGAGGAGGAAGAGAUGGGCAACUGCGGCACGCGGGAGGAGAAUGCCGUCGUCGCGGCGCACGCGCAAGGUGCGGCGCUUCGAAUUCCAUCAAAAUUUCGUCUUGGUGGAUUGUUCGUCAGUUCAGCAGCUCCACUUGUUACAACAUCCUCUCAAGAACGCCAAUGCAGAUAGGAAGCACACCCGCACCUCAUCAGAUAUAAGUGAUCCUUCCACACCUAGGAAUGUUGAAGAUGCCAAGAACAUUUCCAUAUACAACGAUGUGAUUGCCUUCACAUUGUUUGAGCUAGAGACAAUCACAAAGAGCUUCCGUGCUGAUUAUGUUCUUGGCGAAGGAGGAUUUGGGACCGUUUACAAGGGUUACAUAGAUGAAAAUGUCAGGGUUGGGCUGAAAUCACUGCCUGUUGCAGUCAAGGUGCUCAACAAAGAUGGACAUCAAGGGCACAGAGAAUGGCUUACCGAAGUUAACUGCCUGGGGCAGUUGAGGCAUCCAAAUUUGGUGAAGUUGAUUGGAUAUUGCUGUGAAGAUGACCAUCGGCUGCUUGUCUACGAGUUCAUGUUUCGAGGAAGUCUAGAAAACCACUUAUUCCGAAAGACAGCUACACCAUUACCCUGGGGUACUAGGAUGUCAAUCGCACUGGGAGCUGCUAAAGGGCUUGCUUGCCUCCACAAUGCUCAAAGGCCUGUAAUCUACAGAGAUUUCAAGACAUCAAAUAUUCUGCUGGACUCUGAUUAUACUGCUAAACUGUCUGACUUUGGCCUGGCAAAAGCUGGCCCUGAAGGUGAUCAGACGCAUGUAUCAACAAGGGUGAUGGGAACCUACGGUUAUGCUGCCCCUGAAUAUGUGAUGACUGGUCACUUGACUGCUAGAAGUGAUGUCUACAGCUUUGGCGUUGUCCUUCUGGAGCUCUUGACAGGGCGCAAGUCAAUUGACAAAUCACGGCCCAGCAGGGAGCAGAGCCUGGUUGACUGGGCCCUCCCCAAACUCAAUGACAAGAGGAGGCUUCUCCAGAUCAUUGACCCAAAACUGGAGGGGCAGUAUUCGGUCAGAGCUGCUCACAAGGCCUGCAGCCUUGCAUUCUACUGCUUGAGCCAGAACCCCAAGGCUAGGCCGCUUAUGAGUGACGUCGUCGAAACCCUCGAACCAUUGCAGGGCAGCAGUGGGAGUGACGGAUCCGGUCAGUCUUCUGGCCUUCCUGACUAUAGAGGCCGCCGCAGGCUAACCGGGAACAGUGUUCACUUCAGGGCCAUCCCAAACCCCAAGUGCUCCCCUGCUGUCCCGGCUUGCAGAGUGCGGUGAUGGUGCUGUGUUUCAGUUGAAGCUGCUGGGAUAGUAGGUUCAGUUGUAUAUUUCGACCAUGGGUGGUGACUGGUGUGGGUGCAUGUGUGCGCUUGGUGGGUUUUCGGUUUCUCAGGGUUUUGGCCAGCGUUUUGAUGUGUAAAUUUGAUCUGCUGCUGCUUUGUAAGGCCCUCUAAUUUUCACUGUGGUCUUAUGUAUCCUUGACUGAGCGAGCCCCUGCCGAAACUGGCGGGUUCAGGAUUAACCCUAGAAAUGAAAGGCUGAACUAAGAGCGGUUGGAUGGUUGGUAUGGGCAUAUGGUGCUGUUGUCCAUAUGUGAGGAAUCAAUUAAUCUGUAUUGAAUUUCUUGGCAAGUUUUCUCUUGUUUGGCAUCCUGCCAUAGUAGGGAAGAAUUGUA